AUGCGGGAUGAGCCUCGCGCGUUAAUUGUCAUAGAGCGUGAGGAGGGAUUCGAAGUUAGAGUCAUCGUCGGCACUGGCAACGACGAGGAUUUUAUCGCAAGUGCUGACCAUAUGAAAGAUCCUCGAGGCCUUGUCGACUACAGCUUGAAUGGGCGCCAUAAAGAGGCUAUUCCGUGGAAAAUUACCGGGAACCUUGGUGGAGAACAGUACCAGGAUCACAGUCGAGGACCCUUUAACGAAGGCGCAUUCUAUGCUGAGCGUCAAGGCUAUCAUCUUCCUGGUGCGCCUUUCAGUGAAUGGAAGACCCAGUCACCAUUCACCGAGAUCACAGAGCCUGGUGUUGGUUUCUGGGCCACGUCGUUUGAUCUUGAUCUCCCAGUUGGCUAUGAUAUCCCGCUCAGCGUACAGUUUACCAACAGUACCACAAAGGAUUCAUCAGUUGCCAGAUUUCGGUCGGAACUGUUUGUGAACGGUUGGCAAUUUGGAAAAUACGUGAACAAUGUAGGCCCACAAACACGAUUCCCAGUUCCAGAGGGGAUUAUCAACUAUAAUGGGCCCAAUUAUCUUACUCUAACAAUCUGGUCAAUGGACUCAAGGCCAUUCCAGCUAACCAAUCUGCAGCUACAGGCUGACGCGGUGAUCCAGAGCGGAUAUAGCAAGCCUGAUCUGGUUCAGAGACUUCAUUAUAACGAGAGAUUGGAUAGUUAUUAG